UGAUAAGUUGUUGAUUAGCUAUUAUAUUACAGUUACUUGGUAAAUCUUAUUUUAUUUAAUUUAAUUUUCAUAAAUUACAGUGAAGUAAUCAAAUUGUUUGUUACUAUUACUUAUUUAGAUAAAAGACAUGGCAUUAAUAGAAGAUUGGCCAAUAGUUGUGGAUAAUGGAGCUGGACAUUUAAAAGCUGGUUAUGCUGGAGAUGGUGGACCAAGAAUUCUUAUUCCAAUGUUAAUAGGUAGACCAACAAAAUGUUCAAAAUAUACAGACUGGUUUGUUGGUGAACAUGCAAAUGUUCUUCGGAAUGAACUGAUUCUUAAUUGCCCUAUUGCCAAUGGAAUUGUAACGGAUAUUGACGGGUUAUCAUUAGUUUGGUAUUAUAUGUUCAUGAAAGAACUACGUACAAAUCCGGAAAAUCAUCCAGUUCUUAUAAGUGAAUAUCCUUUAUUGCCUAAAUUCAACAGAGAAAAAUUAGCAGAAAUGGUUUUUGAGAAAUUUCAUAUGCCUGGUUUAUUCUUCACAGAUCAAUCUGCACUUGCUCUGUACGCGUAUGGGCUAACAUCCGGUUUGGUUGUUGAUGUUGGUACAGAAAUGUCUAAUAUUACACCGGUCAAUAAUACAAUUUUUAUACCGAAUGCUUUAAGGCGUCAAAAUCUCGGUGGAUCUCAUAUAACUGAAUUAUUCCGAUAUAUGCUAGCGAAAGAACAUCCUGUUGCAGCCACAUCUAUCUCACGUGAUUUUGCACGGCUUUUAAAAGAAAAAUUUUGUUUUAUUUCAUUGAAUCCAGAUGAUGAAAGAAAACAAAUCAAUUCCACUUCAAAUGCACAAAAUGUACAUCAAACACCAGAUGGUCAUAUUAUAAGUUUGACUAAGGAAAGAUUUAUGGCACCUGAAUUAUUAUUUUAUCCAAGACAAGCAGGUUUAAGUGGUACAACUGGACUACAAAAUAUCGUUAAUGAAUCUAUUCAAAAAUGUUCAGCUGAUUUACAUCCAACAUUAUAUUCAAACAUUGUAUUAAGUGGUGGUAGUACAUUAUUUCCUGGAUUUUCACAACGUUUAGAAAAUGAAUUGAACGCGUUGAACUCACCAGUAAAUCAAAGAAUAUUUGUACAUAGAAAACAAAAUGAUCAAAAAUAUGCUGUAUGGAUUGGUGGUUCCAUUUUAGCCUCAUUGAGUUCAUUUAAAGAAAUAUAUAUACAAAAGAAAGAAUAUGAAGAAUUUGGUGCAAGAAUUGUACAUACAAGAUAAAACCAUAUCAUAACUAUUCAUUAUUAUUACAUCAUUUAAUUAAAAGAAGAAAAAUAUUGGGAUAAAAGUUUACAAGGAUUUAAGGAAAUAUGCAUUUUAUUCAUUGAACACUUAACUAAACAGAUGAUCUUUCUGUGACGGGAAAUCUUCAAUGAACAACAAUUCCUGCUUAUAUAUGUUGACAGGUUGUCAUGACAUAAACUGAACCAAGAUGUCAAGGGAGUAACUACACUCUAUAGGAUCAUCUUUGUUUCUAUUAUAUCGAAUAUUUUUUGCAUGUUUAAUUUAUUUUGAAACUUGAUAUAUGUGACGAACCAAAGUGAAUUUCAAGACGGUAAAACCCCAACUUACAGACAGGUGAAAUGUAGAGGUUCUUAUAGUCUUGCAGUGAUUAGUGUAUCAUUAUAACCAUUUCCAAAUUACCUUUCAUUUCAUUAAAGUUAUGAUAAUAUGUAAGACUUAUGUGAAUUUAUCUGUAAUGUUUAAUGGUUAGAAUAAAUCAGACUGAAAUUCUUUUGAGAAAUUAGUAGACAAAAUCUAUUCCAACAUGCGUUUCACAUCAUCGAUGUGGACAGUUUGUUAAACAACUUUUUUUAGAAUACUUUGUGUUUGCAAAAUACUUUUGUCUUUUGAAAGAGACUACGUAAUUUUACAAUCCUUAGAUGGAUCAUCAGAUGAUUUCUAGGUGUAAGCUUCUCUUCAACUAUAUUAGUCAGAAC